AUGUCGUCUGACACGGCUACUGCCGCCGAAGCGCAGGUGAGCUCGGCCGGCGCAAACGGCGAUGCUGUCAAUGGAGCUGCCAGCGGAGCUGCGAAUGGAAUCCAUGGAACCGCCAACGGCGUGUCCUCGACCGCCGUCGACCCUUCCGACAUCCCCCAGGCCCCUCCUGUUCCGCCUACGCCGUCACCACCACCGACAGCACGCACUGCCAAGCGCCAGUCCCACGUCGUCUCGUUUGACAAAACGCUCGAGAACACCCUCAAGCUCCAGACACACGACUUCGACAUCCAAGACAACGACCUCGUUGUAGUUGACAAGGAAAAGCGCAAAAAGAACCGCCACACAUGCAUGAGUUCCUCCGCCGCCGACUACCGCCUCUCGAUCCCCCUCUACAAUGUCCUGUGGGCCUCCGUGUCCGACGACAACCGCCGCCUCGUCAUCGACUACGCCGACGUCGCCUCCAAGACCCGCAUCCGGCCCGCCAAGUUUACCGUCUCGCUCGAGCCGUCUGGGCCCGACUGGCCGACGCCCGCCGAAGUCGCCGCCUGGGCGGAGCUGCUGCGCAACCGCGCGUAUGGCGACGUCCCCCAGCGGCGGCGUGCCUAUGUGCUGGUCAACCCGCACGCCGGUCCCGGCGGCGCCAUGAAGAAGUGGGAGCACGAGGCCCGCCCGCUGCUGGACGCCGCGCGCCUGUCCCUCACCGUCGUCACGACCGCCUACUCCGGCCAGGCCAUUGAGCUGUGCACCGCCCUCGACAUUGACGCGUACGACAUGGUCUUGGCCUGUUCGGGCGACGGCCUGCCGCACGAGUGCUUCAAUGGCCUGGGGAAGCGGCCCGACGCGCGCCGCGCGCUCGAAAAGAUUGCCGUGGCCCACGUGCCCUGCGGCAGCGGCAACGCCAUGGCCUGCAACCUCUACGGCAGCCACCACGUCAGCGUCGCCGCCCUGGCCAUUGUCAAGGGCGUCGUGGCGCCGCUGGACCUGGCCAGCAUCACGUACGGCGAGACCCGCCUGCUGAGCUUCCUGAGCCAGGCCGUGGGCGUCAUGGCCGAGGUCGACCUGGCCACCGAGAACCUGCGCUGGAUGGGCAGCGCGCGCUUCACGUGGGGGUUCAUUGAGCGCCUGCUGGCCCGCAAGGUGUACCCCUGCGACCUGGCCGUCAAGGUCGAGAUUGAGCACAAGGACGACGUCAAGGCGCACUACUCGCGCCACCAAGCGCCCGCCAAGGGAAGCCGCACCACCGGCAAGAGCACCGGCACCAGCACCACAAAAGCUGCUGGCAAGACCUCGGCCGCGGCAGCAGCAGCAUCGUCCGCUGCUGCAUCGUCUGCGACGACGACCGUCGCCGCCGCUGACGCCGAUGCCGGUGCCGCAUCUGGCAGCGGCGGCGACACCAGCGACCAAAGUUUGCCGCCGCUGCAGUUUGGCACCGUCAACGACCCGCUGCCAGACGACUGGGAGACCAUCCCCGAAGACAAGAUGGGCAACUUUUUCUGCGGAAACAUGGCGUACAUGGCCCCCGAUACCAGCUUCUUUGCUGCGGCGCUCAUGGCCGACGGCCUCAUGGACCUCAUCACCAUUGACGGCGACAUCUCCCCGGCCAAGUCGCUCGGCAUGCUCUUGACCGUCGAGGACAACCGCCUUUUUGACAACCCGCUCGUCCGCUACCGCAAAAUCUCCGGCUUCCGCCUCACGCCCCGCAACCAAAAGGACGGCUACAUUAGCAUCGACGGCGAGCGCAUCCCCUUUUCGCCCUUCCAGGCCGAGGUCCACAAGGGCCUGGGCCGCGUCAUUGCCAAGCGCGCUACCCCCGGCUACGAAGCACCGGGCCCGCUGAACUGGGACAAGAUGGCGCCUGUCGAGCGGAUCAUGGCAUAG